CCCGCUACUUCCUCCUCUCUCGCAAACAAAACUCGAGCAGAAACACAGAUACCACUCCGCUUUCCUUGUCUUUCCGUCUCUCUUUCUCUCCUCAAAAUGGAUUCACCUUCUCGCUCCUCCGUCAUUAUUAUCGGCGCUGGCAUCUCCGGUUUAUCUGCGGCCAAGGUGCUCGCGGAAAAUGGAAUAGAAGACAUGGUGAUUUUGGAGGCUUCUGAUCGUAUCGGCGGCAGGAUCCGAAAAGAGAAUUUUGGUGGUGUCUCUGUUGAACUCGGUGCUGGUUGGAUCGCCGGUGUUGGUGGUAAAGAGUCUAAUCCGGUUUGGGAACUCGCUAAUCAAUCCGGUCUCCGUACUUGCUUCUCUGACUAUAGCAAUGCUCGUUAUAAUAUCUAUGAUCGCAGUGGGAAGAUAUUUCCGAGUGGCGUGGCUGCCGAUUCAUACAAGAAAGCGGUGGACUCGGCGAUUAUGAAGCUGAGGAGCCAAGAGGCAAACCAUGCUUGCGAAGUCAUUGAACCGCCUUGCUCACCAAAGACGCCAAUAGAGCUCGCCAUUGACUUCAUUCUCCAUGACUUUGAGAUGGCAGAAGUAGAGCCAAUAUCAACAUAUGUUGAUUUAGGAGAAAGAGAAUUUCUCGUAGCAGAUGAAAGAGGGUAUGAGUGUUUACUAUACAAAAUGGCUGAGGAUUUUCUUUUUACCUCCGAGGGUAAAAUCUUGGACAAUCGUCUGAAACUCAAUAAGGUUGUGAGAGAAAUACACCACUCGAGAAACGGUGUUAUUGUAGAAACGGAGGAUGGUUGCGUCUACGAAGCCAGUUAUGUGAUUUUGUCAGUUAGCAUCGGUGUUCUCCAAAGCGACCUCAUUUCUUUUAGACCUCCUUUACCCAAGUGGAAAACAGAGGCCAUAGGGAGAUGUGAUGUGAUGGUAUACACAAAGAUUUUCCUCAAGUUUCCAUAUAAAUUUUGGCCGUGUAGUCCUGAAAAGGAGUUCUUUAUCUACGCCCAUGAGCGGAGAGGAUACUACACAUUUUGGCAGCACAUGGAGAAUGCAUACCCUGGUUCCAAUAUCCUGGUUGUGACAUUGACCAAUGGGGAAUCGAAACGUGUGGAGGCUCAAUCUGAUGAAGAGACAUUGAAAGAAGCCAUGGAAGUACUUAGAGACAUGUUUGGGCCCAACAUACCUAACGCCACGGAUAUUCUUGUGCCACGCUGGUGGAACAACAGAUUUCAGCGUGGCAGCUAUAGCAAUUACCCCAUCAUUUCAAAUAACCAAGUUCUUCAUGAUAUUAAGUCCCCAGUAGGGCGCAUUUUCUUUACCGGUGAGCAUACUAGUGAAAGAUUUAACGGUUACGUCCACGGUGGAUACCUUUCAGGCAUCGACACAAGUAAAUCUUUAUUAGAAGUAAUGAGAGAAGAAAAAGGAAGGAAAAAUGAGAGUCAAACAUUUUUGCUAGAGCCAUUACUAGCAUUGACUGGCUCAUUAACUUUGACACAAACAGAAGCAGUUUCAAGUCUACACAAGUGUGAUAUUCCCACACAAUUAUAUCUUAGUGGUAAGCUUGGCAUUCCAGAAGCGAUAUUAUGACUAUAUGGACCGUUUGAUGACUCCCAAUUUGAUGAUGAUGAUAAAAAUGUGAUCAAUGACAUUGAUGGCCAGAUAGUUUUUGAUUCAAAUUCAAUUCAGACCCUUAAUGUCAUUCCAAAAAUAGGAUGAAGAUCGACAAUCGAGAAAAGCGGGACAGGACAUGUCCUUACAGAGUCUGCUGCUAAGCCUUAGAGAUUUACCGUACCAGGGAAUUUUGGAGAUAAAUGAUGUAGGAAUAUGUAAUUGGUGGUUCACAUGAGGAAGAAAUGAGAUAGAGGAAAAUUGUGUGGGUGGUAUACUAUGUAUUCUAAUUGUACUUGUUUAUAAAAGAAAAGAAAAACUACUGAGUUCAUUUUCUGGCUUUUUAUA